ACUCCUUCAUACACCUUCAUACGUCGUCAUUUACUUGCAUACUCCUUUAUUUAUCUUCAUAUUCCAUCAUACACCUUCAUUUACCCUUAUAAGUCCAACUAAAAGGCACUGUCACGGCAUGCGAACAUUAAAACUAACCAACUAGCAAGAAGAUAUAUCGCGACUAAUCGAGAUGUUAUUUUCUUGACCAAUUUUCUCUUAGAUAUAACAACUGCAUUUCAAUCCGGCGCCACACAUCAUGAAGUGUAGGAUAAAAUCCUUUGUAUAUACAGUGUUUAGUCUGGGAUUCGCAAGCUCUCUACUUUUGGUGGUUUAUAAUGUAACACAUUUAGGCAUGCCGCGAUUGCUACGAAACGCAUCCAUUUCACUGUACGAAACACCUCCAGACGAUUUCAUUCAACUGAUGAACUUUAACGACUUAGGAAGUGGCAAGGAACGACUGCAUCUAUUGGUUGUUACCAACAGUGCGCCACAUAAGUCCGACAGAAGAAUGGCUAUCAGGUCCACAUGGUGGAGACAUUGCACAGAAAGCCAGGUGAAAUGCUUCUUUGUUACCGAUGGUAUCAUUGAGGAUCGUUCUAAGCGUAUCAGUCUACUCCAAGAAAGAAACCACUUCCAGGACAUGGUAUUUCAACCGCUUCGUGGAGGCAUGGAAUUCGGGCUGCGCUUUCUAAAUCAAAUCAAAUGGGUGAAUGCUAAUUUUGAUUUCAAGUACCUUCUGAAGGUCGAUGACGAUUACUUUGUGUGUUUAAAGAGACUUCUAAAUGAGCUUCCCUUAAGACCGACAAGCAAUCUAGUCUGGGGACAUUUUCACUGCGAAGCAGGUAUUACGUGGGUGGAUGAGGCGUUCGUGAUAUUUUCAAACGAUGUGAUCCACAAAUUUGUAGAGCAAGACGAGAACAAGACGUUAUGUCACCCGUUUGCUGAUCAGCAAAUAGGCCUGUGGAUGCAAAACUUGCCCAAAAGGUAUUUCCAUGAUCCAAGACUGCAUCAUGAUCCGCCCGCUUCGUUUUUGCCAAAAUUUCAAAAUAUUUCCAAGGUGUGCGACUCGUAUCUUGGGAUUCACGGAACCUACGUUGAGGAGAUGAGGGCAUUUGGGAAGAAUGACAACGAUGGUCCAAAAGAUGCGAUGCCUACUCCCGACUUUUCAACUUAUUGUAAGACUACGAGAUUUGACCACCGUGUGUUUGGACGAGACUUUCGUUUCGAUCCCAGACCUUGUAGAGAAAAUCCAACUUGGAAUAAUUCAACAAUAAUGCCGGCUAUCUAUAGUCGAGAAAAUUUUAGGCCGAAAAACUGAUACCCGCGGGUAAAGGGGGCAGAAAUCCCGCAGGGGGUCCAGAGAAAACGAAUACCCAUGAGUGAAGGGGACGGCAAUUCAAAAGGUGAUUCCGAAGAAAUAGAGAACAUUGAAAUGUUCCUGUUUUCAUCAAAGAAGGAUGAAAAAGGUUUAGAAAAACAAGAAGUGCUGAAGGAACGCAAGGGGCAAAAACGAGGGUUUCCACAGUUUCUUCAAGUCAGUUAACAUUUAGAUUAUGAGCUUGAGAUUUCUAACGCGGGAAGUGGUUUUAUUUCUUAUUUUAUUCUGACUAACAGUGUACUGCAAUAAAGAAUUUAAAUAUAUUUGAACUGCGGAGAAAGAUAUAAAGACAUGAUUGAUCAUCGCAGUUAUACACAUGCACAAUUUAAAAAUUUCACAACUGCUUAAGUUGUGCGUAUAACUGCGAUGACCAGUCAUUUCUUCAGAACGAAUUUAUCAUAAAGGCUUUUCAGUAUAAAAUAAAUUCGAAGUCAACGUAACACUAAUACAA